AUGCGUCUCACAACUUUCCUCGCUACCCUCGUCCUCACGGCCAGCACUGCCUUCGCAGGCGUCACCAUCGUCACCAACAAGUGCGACUUCGACGUGUGGGUGACAUCUGUCAGCACAACAACAGGCCCGACCAAGAAGAUUGCUUCCAACAGCAGCUACACCGAAGGCCAGUACUUCGAUGGAACCGGCACCGCCAUCAAAGUCACCCGCGCCGAGAAGGGCCUAUGGCAGGGCAAGGCCGUACUUAUCUUUGCGUAUUCGUACACCAAAGGCGGACCCAUCUACUACGACUUGAGCUCCCAUUCGGGCUUCGACUUCUGGGGAAAGAAGUUGACAGUCCAGGGCCAGCAAGGGAAAGGUGCCGAGGUUCUGACUUGGGAGGGCACACCGAAGCCAAACCAUACGGCUGUCUACUGGGGCGAGACUGAUCUGACGCUUACGCUCUGCGCUUGA